GUUCUAGCCGGACAUAUAUCCACGACGGACUACACUCUUGGCCGCCCCUGCUAGUGACUGAUGAGCAGGAUUUCGUUCGUUCUCUUAGCUUAAAGUAAAUGAGUCUCCUUACCAGGAAUUAUAUAAAAAUAUGGGCGUUAUAAAGCACGUCGUGUGCGCCAUGUCAGGCGGCGUUGACAGCUCCGUUGCGGCGUUGUUACUGAAGAGAAGAGGAUAUAACGUGACUGGAGUGUUUAUGAAGAACUGGGACUCCCUGGAUGAGAGAGGAGUAUGUACUACAGAGAAGGACUGUGAGGACGCCUACAAAGUGUGCCAAAUCCUGGACAUCCCUUUCCAUCAAGUGUCAUAUGUUAAAGAGUACUGGCAUGAAGUUUUCAGUAAUCUGUUGAAGGAAUAUGAGAAGGGUCGGACUCCAAACCCGGACAUUCUCUGCAAUAAGCAUAUUAAAUUCAAUCAUUUCUACAAGUAUGCAAUCACAGAUCUUGGUGCUGACGCCAUGGCGACCGGUCACUACGCGAGGACCUCUCAGGAAGACGAAGAGGUUUUUCAGCAGAUCCACAAAACCCUGCCCGUGGUGUUGUUCAGAAACCGCUUCGAGUUCAGAAAUCCGGUGAGGAUGUACAAGGGGGCCGACCUGCUCAAAGACCAAACCUUCUUCCUGAGUCAGAUCUCCCAGGAUGCCUUGCGGAAAACCUUGUUCCCGCUUGCCGGGCUGACUAAAGAGUUUGUGAAAAAGAUGGCGGUUGAAGCCGGCUUUCACCAUGUGCUACAGAAGAAAGAGAGCAUGGGCAUCUGCUUCAUUGGAGAGAGGAACUUUGAAAACUUUAUUUUGGAGUACCUCGAACCUAAACCUGGGAACUUUGUGUCCAUAGAGGACGGCACUGUUAUGGGAACACACAAAGGUUGGUUCACUCUGACGCUGGGCCAGAGGGCGCGAAUAGGAGGCCUGAGAGAUGCUUGGUUUGUGGUAGACAAAGAUAUCAUUACUGGCGACGUAUUUGUGGCGCCUUCCACCAAUCACCCGUCUCUUUUCCGUGACACGGUGCGAACGGACCGCUUCCACUGGAUUACGGUGGAUCCGCCUCCCGAACUGGCCAGGAGCAAGACGAUGGAGUGCAACUUCCGCUUCAUCCACCAGAUGCCGCUAAUUCCUUGCACUGUGACACUAAACAUGGAUGGCUCUGUGUGGAUCUCACUCUCGCAGACAGUCAGAGCUUUGACACCUGGACAGUUCGCAGUGCUCUACAAAGGCGACGAGUGUCUGGGUAGCGGCAAGAUCAUCCAGCUGGGUCCCAGUGAGUUCACCAUUCAAAAGGGAAGGGAAUGCUCGGCGGUGGCGGUGGCGGCUGCGGCGCUCAGAAAAGAGAAGCAGAAUUCAGAACCCGUCAGAUGACACAACCUCAUAAAGUACACUAUUUCUUGAGUAUUUAUUGCACAUGUUUUUAAUGCACAACUCCAGGACCUUGAGUGGUUAAACACAGUUAAACUGUCUUUUAUUGUUUCUGCUUGUUAAUGCAUUGAUUGUUAAACUAUCUGUCUACGAUCACUCGUGUGCUGUCCAAAACUUCAAAAAUCGAGUUAAAAAUGGUUUAAAACUUCAGUUUUUAGCAUAUAAUAACUCUGUUACUUCCAAGCCAGCAGUUCAUUAACAAACAGUAUUGAAAACAAACUUGUUUUUGUUUGAAAAAAGCUAGUAUGGCAAAAAAAACCUACCUUUUCACUGUGCAAGAGUAUGUAGUUAUCUCCCACAGCAGGUUAUUAAAACUGGACUGAGUACUUUUGCGUUGUAGUGUAGCUUUUAUCCACGGGUGGCGAUGUUGCACACGGCAGGCCUUACAGUUGUACUGUACUCAAGUUGUAGAACCGCUUCUCCUCAUUAGGGUCACGGGGGUUUCCUGUACCUAUCCCAGCUAACUUCUAACUUCGGGCGACAGGCGGGGUACACCCUGGACUGGUCGCCAGCCAAUUGCAGGGCACAUAUAGACAAACAACCAUUCACACUCACAUUCAUACCUAUGGACAAUUUAGAGUCGCUAAUUAACCUAACAUGCAUGUUUUUGGAAUGUGGGAGGAAACCGGAGUACCCGCAGAAAACCCACGUACGUACGGGGAGAACAUGCAAACUCCACACAGAAAUUCCCAACAGAGAUUCGAUCUCUGGACUGUGACUGAGUGGCCAACAUGCUAACCACCCAGACCACCGCGCGGCCCUGUAGAGCGCUUAGGAGGGCAUAAUGGGUUAUAUUUCAGGCCGAAUAAUUGAUUAAAUUGUGAUUUUUUUUUUUAACUGUCUAUUUAUUAAUACAAUUUUAAAAUGCCAGAAAAUGAAUGGAAAAUAAAUAAAGAAAUAAAAUCAUUUUUAUAAUUAUAAUUAAUUUAAAUUAUAAUAAUUAUAAUUAAGAUAUAUUUUAUUGUUAUUGUCACAUACAUUUCUGCAAUUAUUUUUUUACAUGUAAUAUUUUUUUCACAUUUUAAUUGGUAUUUCACUAAAAAUACAUACAAGCUGUUAAUGACUUAAAGAUGGUGUUUGUGUUGAUAUUUUAUGAAGAGAAAUCUUUUCUCCCCCUUCAGGUGACUUGAUUACUUUAAAGUGUAAUUUUGAUUACAAUAAUUUGCAGAGUUUUCCAUUCUUAUGCGUUAAUCUCUUUCUGCUAUACAGUAUAUACAGGUAGGAAAAUACUGUGGCGUCUUCUGCAAGAAUGUUUGUAGUGCAGGGUUUGUCCGGAGGGGGCGGUGUUGCACAAGCUAAACCUUCCUGUUGUACUGUUGUGGUUUUUUGGGCCCAAAUGAAUAAAGCCAUAUAAUUUAUUAAAACGCGACAUCUUUUUAAUUUGCCGUUUUAUUAAAUUGUAA